CAGGCUCCAGAGAGAUUACUUUUCUCGUCUGCCAAUAUUUUGAUGCUAAAUAUUUCUUAUAAAGAAUUAGUGAAAAGUGUACAGGAAAUGAUGACUGCUAUUAAUGAAAGGGUUACAUUGUGUAAAGAUGAAGAUAUGAAAGAAAUUAGUAAAAAAGAUGAACAAGGUGUAAUUCAAUGUUCAAAUUUGCAUAAGAAAGUUCAGAAAUAUUUAGAAUAUAUAGAUAAAGGAAUUAAAUGGAAUGAAGAAAUAAAAGAAAUGAUACAUGUUUGGUGGAAUCAACCUGCACAGUUUAUUUCAGUAAGUGUAAAGAUAGAUGAUCGUUUAUUAUGUCAUUGGUUAAGACUAUGGUCAUUUACUAUGCAUAAAUUAAACAAAAAUAAGUAAAUCUUUGAUAUUAUAAUGAAAAUAAUAGCUUAAAAUAUUUCAAAAAUGAUGUUAAAUUAAAUAAACUAAAUAUUUAUUACUUAGAUAAACAAAAAUUAAUAGUAUUUGUAAAUGUUUGUUAAAACUGCUUCAAAUAUUUCAUGGCUAUGCUUGUAAAGUUUAAAAAUAGAUUUUGUAAUGAUGUCUUAUAAUAAUUAUUAUAUUCUACUACUAAAUAUUUUAUAAGAAAAAAUAUAC